AUGCCUGGACAUCACCGCGUCCGUUUUGCAGGUAUCCCCACAACCCCGUCUUCUAAUGCUUCGCUUGCAUCGUCCCCGGGCCCGCCAACGCCACCGAGCCUCUUGUACGCACCGCUUCAAGCUAACUGCUAUAACACGCCUUCGCCAUACUACUAUCCGGUACCUCUGCCGGCCGCUCCGGUGCAAAUUCACCCCGUCUUUGCAUGCACUUUGGGGACCGGUGGCCCUUUAUCCUGGGACCUCACCCAGGACGUCAACACCGUGUUGGUGCGGACACCGACGGGUCUGCGCACCGUGUCUGAUCACUUAGCGAUGGAGCCCGCGACCACUCCCAGAGUCGCGUCCAUCAUCAUCGUCUCCGAGCACCUGCCAUGGCAGAUCACCGUGAACCCGAAUCCGGACGCGGCUUGGGCCGCGCCAUAUGUCACUGUCGGCGAUGUGCUCUACGCGCUCUACCGCGCGCUCCGCAUGGGUGUGACCGCGGCCGAGCUCCAUUUGUGCGACCUCAACCACCGGGAGCGCGUGCACGCCACCUACCAUGCGCGAUACUCACAGGUGGCGCGUGCGGACGAACGCGCGACGGAGAAGAACAAGGGCAUCAAGCGCGUCGACUUCCUGUGUGGGGCGCGCAAGUUCGUGGGGCUCUCCCUGGUUCCCGAUGGGAACCCCGCGAAGGGGCUUGCGCCAGGCCUGGUAUGGCGGCUACACGUCGUGCGACCGUGA